AUGUCCGAGCGAAAAGUCUUGACCAAAUAUUACCCGCCCGAUUUCGAUCCCAGUGCGAUCGGGCGCACACCCAAGCACCUGCGCAAGCAGGGCCCGAAAGUCAUCACCGUCCGAUUGAUGGCACCUUUCCCUAUGAAAUGUACGAACUGUGGCGAAUAUAUCUACCGCGGACGCAAGUUCAACGCCCGCAAACAAACCCUCGAAGAAAAAUACCUCAAUAUCCCCAUUUAUCGCUUCUUCAUCCGUUGCACACGAUGCAGUGGAGAGAUCACCUUUCGAACCGAUCCAAAGAACAUGGACUACGAAUGCGAAAAGGAAACCCUCGACCGACUGGAACGCGAAGAGAAUGCCGAACACGAGCAACAGGAACGCGAUAAGAUGGCCGAGUUGGAGGAGAAGAUGCACGAUUCAAAGCGGGAGAUGGCGAUUGCGGAUGCGCUGGACGAAAUCCGUACUCGAAAUGCGCGCAUUGCACGAAAUGAAGGCAAGGACGACGAGGCGGCUCUCGACUCUAUUCAUGAACAGGUAGACGAGUCACGUCUGCAGGCUGAAAGGGAGGAUGAAGAGGCUGCACGCAAGGCAUUCAUGACCGCUGAUGGGGAGAGGAUUAAGCGUAUUGUUGACGAGGAGGAGGAACCCGCCCCGGCCGCAGCUCCUGUAUCAGCAGAGCCUAAGCCCGCGGCGUCGAUCUCGAUGCCCCCGCCUUCAUCAACAUCCUUUAGCAGAGUGAAGAAGUCCAAGAAAAGCGGCAAUCUUUUGGGUAUCAAAAAGAAGCCCUCACUGGUAUAA